GCCUGGCGGGGAGAUGGCCGGAGCGGACGUACACUGUAUAGUUCCACUCCUCUUCCUCCUUCGCUGCUCCGUCGUGGAGCCGUGGCUUUUGUCGGCGGCUCCUGCGAUUAACCCGUAGGAGAAUGUAAAGAGGGAAGCCCAAAGAGAGGGAAGCUAUAGCCCGGCGGGCGCCGGUGAGAGGGAGGUAACGCUUGGCGGAAGGACACCUCAGAGCCGGAUCUCGUUUUGCUUAAGGCGCAUCGUAUAUAAAGGCGGCGCGCAGGCGCUGCCACCUCAUUGUGUGUCAGUCCCUGAGAGAAGUGAGGUGGUACGAAGGUCCCUGUGCGCAGCACCUUCCCCCGCGCGGCGCGGACCGGAGCAGCCUCCCCUCCCCUGGCCGCCAUGGCUCUUUAAGGGCGGCAGGGCCAGCGGCGGCAUCGGCCAGUGCAGCAGGGGCAGCAGCAGCGGCGGCGGCCUCAGCACAUCCCCGGCAUCUGCAACCAUGGCGUUUUUCAAGGCACCGCACAGCAGCAUUGCUGUAGUCGAGAAAAAGACCCUCUACUUGUCUACAUCCUUUGACAUCAAAGCAUUAAAAACUGAAGAAGAUGAGCCUCUUGAACAACGAGAUGCUGUUGGGGGAUUCGUUAUCCCCCUUCAGCCAGCCGUGUUCGGUGGCUGAGGAAAGUCUGGGACUCCUAGAUGACUACCUGGAGGUGGCCGAGCCCCUCAGUUCGCAUGGGUUCUCCAGCGACAAGGCUAAGGCAGUCUCCUCCAAUUGGCUUGCUGUGGACAGUUUAGGCAACACCAUAGAUAGCAGCCAGGAGGAUGCCUUCUCUGGCAUGGAGUGGAUGGUGGAGAAGAUGGAUCUGAAGGAAUUUGAUUUUGAUGCCCUGUUAGGUAUGGAACAUCUGGAAGCCACCGUCUCACCAGACGACCUGAUGGCCACGUUGGAAGACACGUGUGAUCUCCUAUUUAACCCUACCAUCCAGGAAUUUCACAACAAAGAACCUCCACUGAUAACUGACCUAAUCACCCAUCUCCCCGAAUCUCCAAUUGGAGCAGAUCCAAUGGCCCCAUUGGCUUCCCUUUGGUCUUUUCCCCUCUCCCCAGGGUCUCUGACUUCCACUCCAGACCACUCAUUUAGUUUAGAAUUAGGUAGUGAAGUGGAUGUUCUGGAAGGAGAAAGAAAACAGGAGGGCCCCACCUUUGUGGUAGUGAUCACCAAGUCUGAGAAAGAGGAGGAGAACCAUUCCGAUGAUAGUGGAAUAUGUAUGAGCCCAGACUCCUACCUGGGAACACCCCAGCAUAGUCCCACCAAUUCAGUUGGAUCCCCCAAUGGCAACCAGUUCCCUGCAGAUGCCAGCUGUGGCUCUGUGCGGGCCAAACCCUAUGAUCAUCCUGCAGAGAAGGUAGUGUCAGCAAAGAUGAAAGGAGAGAAGAAAAUAGAUAAAAAAUUGAAAAAGAUGGAGCAGAAUAAGACGGCUGCCACGCGUUACCGGCAGAAGAAGAGGGCGGAACAGGAGGCGCUGUCUGGGGAGUGCAGAGAGUUGGAGCAGAAGAACCAGGCCCUGAAGGAGAAAGCAGAUUCCCUUAGUAAGGAAAUUCAGUACUUAAAAGAUCUGAUUGAAGAGGUCCGCAAGGCCAAGGGCAAAAGAGCUAGAGUCCCUGAGUAGGGUAGUCAGCAGUUUUUAUGUGCAUGUAUAUAAGCUUGCUGCUAAGGCUGUGUAUUGCUGUCUAAUAAAUUAUUUUAUAGUAAACUUGCA